UCCAUGGACUUUAGUUAUCAGCUCCUUUCUUUGUCCUCCUCUUCCUCAGUUCCGCGAUUGAGCUUUUUCAUCUUUAAAUACCUUCACUUCUAAACGCCCCCUCCCUCUCCUCUCUCUCUCUCUCUCUCUCUCUCUCUCUUAAAAUACCGCUUUAGCAGAGCAAGUUGUGCUCUAGUUACCUGGGCCUCAAGUUGUAGUUUUCCGGCGAGAUUUGGCCGGAGAAUGGCAUAUAUGUGCGCGGACAGUGGCAAUCUAAUGGCAAUUGCUCAGCAAGUCAUCAAGCAGAAACAACAGCAAGAGCAACAGCAGCAGCAGAACCACCAAAACCAGCAGCUCACCGGUCUCAGCCCUUUCUCUCUCAGCCCAUGGGCCGCCGCCACAACAACCACCACUCACCACACCAUGUCCAACACCCCCAAUUUGGCAUACGGCCUAACGGGCCCGGGCUUCCAUGACCCAUUUCAAGUCGCCGGCGGUUCCGAUACCGGCGAACCGGGUUUUCAGUUCCCUCACUUGGAGCAGCACUCCGCUGGGUUUAGAUUCUCCGAUUUCUGCGCCGGUCCGGGCGGCGAGUUCGACUCGGACGAGUGGAUGGACAGCAUAAUAGGCGGCGGUGACUCAACGGAUAGUUCCAAUCUACCAUCCGGUUGCGACGCGUGGCAGAGCAAUGCGGAUUUCGUCCUCUACGGUUCCGAUCCGUUCGCCACCGCUUGUCCCAGUCGACUCAGCGUCCCUUGCUCCUCGCCGUCCGAUCUCAACCGAGUCCUGUUCGCUGAAAGCCAGAAAAGCCCUAAUCCUCUUCAGCAACAGGUAUCUCCAUGGAUCCCGCCGCCGGCUCCUCCGUCUCCGCCAAUGGCGGCAAAGGACACUAAAUCGGCGAAUCCACCGCCUCCACACAAGAGCGACGCCAUCGCCGGAGUCUCCACCAGCUCGCCGGAAAUCGAGUCGGCUCCGCCUAUUCUUAAAGCCCUAAUCGACUGCGCUCGGCUCACUGAGUCCGAGCCGGACCGCGCCGUAAAACAGCUGAUUCGACUCAGUGAAUCGGUGUCGGAGCAAGGGGAUCCGAUUGAGAGAGUCACUUUCCACUUCACGGAGGCUUUGUACAACAGAGUCUCUCUUCAAUCGGAGAAGAAAAGCUUGGCCGUGUACGACGGCGUUUCGGAGGACUUCACGCUUCCUUACAAGGCUCUGAACGACGCUUGUCCGUACUCCAAGUUCGCUCAUUUGACGGCGAACCAGGCAAUACUCGAAGCCACUGAAAGAGCGAGCAAGAUCCACAUAGUUGACUUCGGUAUCGUCCAGGGAAUCCAAUGGGCCGCGCUUUUGCAGGCUCUGGCAACUCGGCCCACCGGAAAGCCCAACAAGAUCAGGAUCUCCGGCAUACCUGCUCUUGCUCUGGGUAGAUCUCCGGCGGCGUCGCUGUUCGCGACGGGGAAUCGCCUCUGCGAGUUCGCGAAGCUUCUGGAACUGAACUUCGAGUUCGAACCGGUCCUGAUUCCGAUCGGCGAGCUCAACGAGUCGAGUUUCCGAGUCGAAGAAGACGAGGUCUUGGCCGUGAACUUCAUGCUUCAACUCUACAAUCUCCUCGACGAGACUCCGAUCGCCGUACAGACUGCUCUCCGAUUGGCCAAAUCGCUGAACCCAAAGAUCAUAACCCUAGGAGAGUACGAGGCGAGCUUGAACGAGUUAGGGUUCAUGAAGCGCUUCAAGAACGCGUUGAGAUACUACACGGCCGUCUUCGAGUCUCUGGAGCCAAAUCUGAGCAGAGACUCGCCGGAGAGGCUCCAAGUUGAGAGGCUUUUGUUCGGCCGGCGAAUCUCCGGCGUCGUGGGACCGGAGGAACCGGGAAUAAAGAGAGAACGAAUGGAAGGUAGAGAGCGAUGGAAGAUUUUGAUGGAGAAUUCGGAUUUUCAGCCAGUGGGUUUGAGCCAUUACGCGGUGAGCCAAGCGAAGAUCCUUUUGUGGAACUACAAUUACAGUUCUUUGUAUUCUCUGGUUGAAUCAGCACCUGGUUUUCUGUCCUUGGCGUGGAACGAUGUCCCUCUUUUGACCGUUUCAUCAUGGCGUUGAUGAUGAUGGGGUUGUUUUCUUUUUUAUCAUCAAUUGGUAAAAAGUUGGUUUUCGCCAGGUCUUUUAUCUCUGGUUUGGGAACCAUUGCAAGUAUUACUACCUUAUACGCCAUUAAUGGUCUUGUUUGGUGCUACUCCUUUGUGGAAGUUACAGUAAUUAUUGGUUUCGAUCUAGCACCAAUUUGAAGCACCGAAUUAGCAAAGUCUUUUGAAGCUUUUUUGGAAGGGCCAGAAGUUGCUUUUGUUGGUUUUUCAGUUCAUCUCUACUCUAGUUUUCCAACGUUAUAAUGGUCUCAUAUAUCUUUUUAUUCUGCCUUUUCUUUUUAAUUAGGGUUUUUCUUACAGGGUUUGAAUCUCGAAUAUGACUAAUUGUAGAAAAAGUAAUUGAAAAUCGAAGGGGGAAGGAAGGCAAUUUUCCCUUUGGUGUUUGUAAUUUGAUUCUGUAUGUAAAUUUGGGUUGAUUGGUUUAGUUUUGAUAUGAAUUUAGCUUUUACCCUUCUUAUUAGAUUGAAAAGAUUAACCAUGAUAAAUUAUUUCAGA